AUGAACAGUACAUCUUCCCUGGGCAGGACUGCCAGGCAUGUGAUUAAACUGGUGAUGGUGAGAGUUAGAGAAAGUUGUAAAGUGUCACUAGAGGGCAAAUAGAACAAUUAGAGAGUAACGGCAGCAGCUUUGAGAAUCAGUGUUCUGAUUAAACAUAAUUAUCUGUAUUAUUGUGAUUGAAAAGAUUUUUCUAUAGCCAGUAUAAAGGCCUCAUUGUAUAAAGGUUAUGGAUGUUUUGUAAAGGAGAGGAUAUUUAUUCUCCCUAACACUACUAACAUGGGUAGAGUUGCAAAUGCUGUUAAAUGUUUUUAAUAAUUUGUUUCUUUAAUCUAAGUGCAAUAUAAAUAGAUAUUUUUAACUGGCACAAUUAUUUAUAUUCACUUUCUUUAUUCUAAACAGAUUGUCAACAGACACCCUCCAUUUGGAAAUCAAAUAAAAGAAUCAGUAAUGCAUCUCCCAAAGUAUGAAAUUGGAUUUGAGCAGGUUAGAGACUUAAUAAUACAUAUCAUUACUUUUUGAUGAGUGAUAGCAUUAAUAGUUAUGCAUGUUGUAUAGUCUGGGUAAAUAUUUACCUUGUAAGCUACCAAUGGUGUGGGAAUGAGCUAACAUAUUUUAGCCUUAGCAAACAUUCUAAUUAACUGUGUGAAUUCCGGAAUCUACACAAACCAGUAGAACAGUAGUGUUGAACUAAAGGCUACCAUAUGUCGUUGAAUAUCCAUAUCUAAGCCAGGCUGUAGCAGUCUGAGAAUUAUAAGCUCUCUAUUCCAGUAACAACAGGAGUGGGGUGAGCACAGUUUGACACUUGCUAUAUGUCACUAAAAGCAGAAAAGCUUCAUAGAAAGUUUUGAUAUAUAUAUAUUUUUUUUAUUUAAAUUUUUUAGGUGACAUGAAAGGGUUGCACACUGUACCACACCAAAUGCAGGUCAUUGUAAAGUGUAUGGUGCAAUAAGUCUUUGGGUGUCAUCCCAUAGUUUUUUUUUUUGUCAAACUGAUCCAGUGAGAGCCCAUAAUGGUUUGACAGAAAACCAGGGGAUAUCAUAAGGGUUCCUUUGUGCGUGCCUCAAAUCAUGCUGUGUAUGAAUUAUACUAAAUAGUUUAGUGUGUAUUUGUAUUGUAUUUCACCACCUCCUCAUAGAGAUGCGCUAUCCAGCGUGUGAAGAAGCUGAACGCUAGUCCUCCAAAGAUUGCUGGACUGCAAUAGCAGGCACCUCUCGUGUCUAAGAGGGCAAUAUAAACACUGCCCUUUAAUGGGAAAAAAACUGUACUUACUGUAAAGAGACUACAUUGACAGUCUCUUCACACAAAACCAGUAUAUUAAAGGACCACUAUAGUGCCAGGAAAACCUACUUGUUUCCCGGCACUAUAGUGCCCUGAGGGUGCCCCCACCCUCAGGGACCCCCUCCCGCCGGGCUCUGGGGGGUGGAAGGGGUUAAACUUACCUCUUUCUCCAGCGCCGGGCGGAGAGCUCUCCUCCUCCUCUCCGCCUCCUCUCCGCCUCUUCGGCUGAAUGCGCAUGCGCGGCAGGAGCUGUGCGCGCAUUCAGCCAGUCCAUAGGAAAGCAUUCACAAUGCUUUCCUAUGGACGAUGGCGUCUUCUCACUGUGAAAAUCACAGUGAGAAACACGCAAGCGCCUCUAGCGGCUGUCAAUGAGACAACCACUAGAGGCUGGAUUAACCCAUUUAUAAACAUAGCAGUUUCUCUGAAACAGCUAUGUUUAUAGAAAAAAGGGUUAAACCUAGCUGGACCAGGCACCCAGACCACCUCAUUAAGCUGAAGUGGUCUGGGUGCCUAUAGUGGUCCUUUAAGCUGUUGUGGUUCUGGUGCUAAUAGAGACUCUAAACCAUACAAGAUAAGUACAAAAAUAUGCAUUAAAAAACACAUUAGUAAGACAUUUUGUGGUCUCACAAACCAAUAAACAUUUUAGGUAUAUCACAAACAUUUUAGAGGAGCCAUUGUCAUAUAAAAAAUCAAUUAUCUGUUUUCAGUUUGAAACGGCCUGUACUGUUUUGAUAUAAUUUCUAAAUUACAUCAAAAUUAUUAUUUAUCUUUAAGCUAGCACGAUACAGCCCAACUGUGGCAGAAAUUGUUAUCACCAUUCUGCUUACAAACUUCGAGCAAUUACUGAAGAAGAGAACAGCCUCUGAUUCACACCAUGUAACACUUAUAAUCGGAGAUGCUGAUAAUCAAGUAAUUUUUAAGCAGAAGAUUAUGUGAGUAUGACAUAUAAUUUGGACACUUGCUUGGUCUUGAAAUGAAGCAAAACUUUGUAAAUAUGAUUUAAAUGACCAGUUACUCACAGAGAAAAAAAUAAACAUGCCAUAUAAAUUAUCAAGAACUGAAUCCCCUCACCCCCUGGCUAUCAUUUCUUCCUAGCCCCAGGGCCAGAUUAAGAGCCCAGUGGGCCUGGUGCUGACAAUUAUGAUGGGGCCUAAUUACAGAAUUGUCACGGCCACCGGCUCGCCGCGAGGUGCAGUCGCACCGGACCAGAGUGACCACGCCAACGAACUGAGCUUAUCUGCUCAGCGGCGAGUCGGGAGCAGCUCUGCCGGGUUCUCCUUGCUGCCUGCCUGAGUUCAAGAUGGUGCCGAACAUGCAGUUGCAGCCAGAUAUAGCUCUGCCCCCCAGGGUUACACACACACACACACACGUUCUGCAGUCAGAGGCCAGAGGGAUAUUUAACCUAGGUUAUUGCCCUGUCGUGGUUUUCGUUCCUGGUUCCUGAAUCCUGAGAGUGCGUUUUCUUGUCCGGUUUUUGAUAUUCCCAGUAUUUUGACCUUGGCUAUUCCUGACUAUUCUGAUUCCUGGCUUCCCUGACUUGGCUUGUUAAAUGGUAUUGUAUAUUUCUGGCUCCCUUGACCAUUCUCUGUUUUUAACGUAUUAGUCCGGCCAUUCUAAGAACUGGUUUACGUUUUAUCAUUUUCUGUUCUGUCUAUGUAGAUGUUACAUAGUUCUGCAUGCUAGACCACACUAACAGUCAUGACAAGCAUCUUAUCGACCAUAGACACUAAAACAGUCAUACCUCUCAAGCGUCAAGUAUCUAAUGGAGAUGGUGUUGGAGGGAAACUCAAAGGAUGCAGCUUUAAGAAAACACAUACUCUAUGCUAAUCUCUCUCUAAUUUAUGCUUUACUCUUUCAAUUAAAUCCAUACCCCCUAACAGCAGUGUCCAGUGAAGCAGCAAGUCAAUGGGGACACUGGGAGAAAUGGGGACACAAACACUAGGGACACAGAGACACAGACACUGGAAGACAUGGGGACACUGAGAGACAUGAGGAUACUGAGACACUAGGGACACUGGCUGGGAGGCAUGGAGACACAGGCAUGGAGACACUUGGGGACACUGGGAGAAAUGGGGACAUUUGGGGACACUGAGAGACAUGGGAAACAGACACUGGGAGACAUGGGGACACAGGGAGACAUGGGGACACUGAGACACUAGGGGGACUGGCUGGGAGACAUGUGGACACUGGGAGACAUGGGGACACAGACAUUUGGGGACACUGGGAGACAUGGGGACACUGAGACACUAGGGGGACUGGCUGGGAGACAUGUGGACACUGGGAGACAUGGGGACACAGACAUUUGGGGACACUGGGAUACAUUAGGGACACUGGGGGACAUAGGGAUAUAGACACUGGGAGACUAGGGGACACUGAGACAAUAGGGACACUGGCUUGGAGGCAUGGGGACACUGUGUCCCAUGUGUCUCUGUGUCUCAGUGUGUCUCCCAAUGUCCCCAUGUGUCUCAGCAUUCCCAUAUCUCAGAGUGUCCCCUAGUGUUUCAGUGUCCCCAUGUAUCCCUGCUGCCUUUCCCCCCAUACUUCACGUACCUGGCCUGUAGUCUGUCUCUGCAGACUAGGAGCUGCUGUCUGGACUCUCUGUGCUGUGUAGCUGCUCCCCACAGAUCAGUGAUUAGAGAGAGACAGGGAGGGAGAUGCUGUAACUUCCUAUCCCUGCCUCUCUCCACACACAGUGACCACUACUGGUUAGUGCUGGUAUUACAGAGUAAUCUCCAUUUAUACUGAGAAAAAUACCUGCAUUUGUAUUGCCGGUAUUACUGCAAUACCGGCACGGCCAGGCAGCCUCAAAUACUGGUAAAAUACCAGUCAGGUGGCAAACCUCAGAGUAAUGUGUGUAAAAAAAAAAAAAAGUAAAAAAAAAUUAUUAUUAUUUUUUUUUUUUUAAAUGGGCCUAUUCCAUGGGCCUGGGCCUGGGCCUGGAGCUGCAGCUCCAUCAGCCCCUAUGUUAAUCCGGCCCUGCCUAGCCCCAUAAUCCACUUAACAGCCUCAGCUGCAUAUUCUCAUCAGCCACCAUAUGUGAUUUAUUUAUUUAGAGUUUUGAAUCCUUUUAGCUGAAUAGCACUUAGAUGAUGCUUCAGAUGCUUUUUUGAUAUUGCAUUGGUCACUGCAGAUUUGCAUUCAAAUGAUUCCUAUAAAUCUCUCUUUAGGCAAGUAUUUCUCUUGUCGAUUAUAUUGUUGUUAAUAUUUUCAUCUUCAAAGAGGUAACUGAAACUUUAGUCUUCACUCCCUGAUGAAAAAUAUUAAAGAUAGCCAUAGUGGCUUCUUGACUACAGGACCAGUUCACAUUCUAUUGUGUGAGGUGUAAGGAUCAGCUUAUGAGUCUAGUGAAUACUACAGUAGCUUAAAUGCACUUCAAAUCAAUGUAAUGUUUUCUUUUGUACUAUUGCUGCCACGGGUGCUUUCCUGAAUCAAGCUUGGCAUUCUGGUGACUCCUGUGACAUACGGAUGUGUGACUCUUAUCUGAUUACCCUCUCAUUCGAGGUCCCUUCCACCAUUAGACACAAUGUAUUGCAUAUCUAUCUUACGUAUCAGUAUCUCCAAUUCAGGGAUCAUGACUCCCUCUAAAUUAUAUGUCCUCACCCUGAAAAUAGCAGGAAGGUCUUCAGUUGGGCAGUUAUGCAUUGUUCUUAAGUUUUACAUUUAGGCUUCCAAGAUUUUUCAGAACUAUGAAAUUAGGCAUCAGUGGAACAGUUUUGAAGGCCUGUCACGUGGUCCUUAUUAGGCACAUUUACAAAGUUUUAUAAGUUGCCAUUAUUGGCAGGAAUUGUUUGAGCUAAUGGGUGUUGAUCAACCUUUAUGGAUCAAUGUGUCCUUUUGAUGGGGUAUUGGCAUCUCAAUUUAAAGGACUUCUUUGUGGUGCUCUCUCUAUAUUAGGUAAAUUAAAACUGGAUUGAUACAUUAAAUGUGUAUAAACAAUUCAAUAUAUUUUUGUAUGGCAUGUGAAACAUCGUGCUUUUUUUUUCCGUUACCUACUCUAUUGUUCUUCAACUGCCUGAUUUUCUUUAGUUUUGUGUUUUGUUCCAUUCUCUACAUUUCAUUUAUACUGCGAGUUGAAGGUGUAUGUGGUAAGUGUGGAACAUGAAUGAAAAAAAAAGUUGUUUGCCAUUUUUUUUUGGUGGGAAACUACUGCUUAGGACAGGCAUAGGCAAACCUUUGGCACUCCAGAUGUUUUGGACUACACCUCCCAUGAUGCUUUGCCAACAUGAUGGGUGUCAGAGCAUUAUGGGGAAUGUAGUCCAUAACAUCUGGAGUGCCGAAUGUUGCCUGUCCCUGGCUUAGGAACUGCCAGCUUCUGGCAGAAACAAGGUAAGAAGUCAAGCUAGAAAGAUAAAUAGAUAGAUUCACACACACUCAAAAAAAAGUAUAUACAAGAUAUAUACAUAAAUAGGUAUACCACCUAUUGUAGACGUAAGUAUGUUGGUUACAUCUGAAAAACAAAUGGAACAUACAUAGUGCUUUCCAUAUAGAUUAAAAUAAACAAGUUAUAAUAUAUGUGGAUUGAACUCACAAAGGUGGAGCCUCAUAGGCUCUAUGCACAUCACUCUUGGGUGCCUAUUCAGGCUCUCGAUAGAUUCCUGUUGGAAGAACUCGAGGUCCACAGUAAUAGAUGUAGAUACAAAUUUAUUGAAAUAAAAUAUUGAAAUAAAAUAUAUAAAUAACUAGGGACAAGGCAGGUAUAAUCAUGAAAUAUAAUACAGUAUUGCACCGCAAAUAUGGCCAAAACUUUAAAGCAGUGGAACACUACAAUACAUAAACAAUAAGAAAAUACCGCCAGAAAAAAGUCCCAAUAGAGAAGUCCAGUAAAGUGCAAACGCGUUUCAGCCCCUGAUAGGGCCUUCCUCAGUGCUAAGUUCCUGGAAAAAACUUCAGGGCUUAAAUAGCCCCCUUGAUAUGUUCAAAUAGGUCCAGCUGUAGUCUCCAAAUACCGCCGAUCGUGUCACUUCCGGUUUCGGCAAAACGCACGUGACUUCCGGUUAGAUGCGGUCACAUGAUGUUUUUGCGUUCCACCAUGCGUUCCACACUCGAACAUGGUGUAAACAGUCCCAAGGAUGUCCAUAUUGGAAAAGGGCAUAUGCCCAAACAAACUUAAUCCACAUAAUGUAGAAACAAAGAAAAUAGCAAGUAGUGAAUUAGUAGAUCGGUACAUACAUAUUCUUAAAACACAAGGCACAAAAAAUUAUAAAAUUGUGUAUUGAAGAGGGGAAAUGUCCAAAAGAAAAAACCCAUAAAAGUAUAUAAAUAACAAGUACUAUAAAUAUUAUAUAAAAUAUUAAUAAAAAAAUUUUUAAAAAUUUUUUUAAAAAAAAUUUUUUUUUUAUUAUAAAAAAUGGACUAAUUCGAAAUCUAUAUUAAGACCUUUAGGGCACAUAGUGUCCAAGGUAAAAAUCCAUUUGCCCUCUAAUUUACUUAAUUCUCGGACAUUAUCCUCCCCUCUCCAAUUUAUACGUUUUUCCCAAUCACCAUGAAACUUAAAAGAGAAGCGUCACCAUUAUGGUAUUCUAAAAAAUGUGCUGAUACACUGUGUUUGGUGUAUCCCCUCCGUAUGUUACCCAUGUGCUCCAUAAUGCGGGUUUUCAGACUCCUAGUGGUCAUUCCCACAUACUGGAGCCCACAGGGACACCAGAGGAGAUACACCACAUUAGUAGAAAGGCAUGUAACAAUAUCACGUAUCUUAAAACAGGUUCCUGUGACAUUGGAUUUAAACGUAAUUUGUGUAUCUUUCUUAAAAGUAGUGUUUUUACAUGGCAAGCACAUUUUACACGGAUAAAAACCUGGUUUUUGAUUAAAAACGUUCUUAUCUCCCUGUUUACAAUUGACGAAACUUUUAACUAAAUGGUCUUUAAUAUUUUUAGCACCUUUAAAAAUAAUUUUCGGCUUAUCACUUAUAAUAUCCUUAAGAUCCUCAUCUGUUUUCAAAACAUGCCAAUGUUUGUUGAUUAUAUGUUUAAUUUGUUUAGAAUUAACAUUAUAGUCCAAAAUUAGAGGUACACAUUCUUUCUCUCCUAUUACUGUAUCCUUCUUUGGUUUAUAUUUAAGUACCUCAGUUCUCUUCAUUUUUUUAACUUGAGAAACUUGUUCUUUUAAAACUAUAGGGUCAUAAUGUUUUUCUUUAAAAAAAGAGGUUAGAGUAUCAGCCUGAAUAUCAAAUUGAUGAGGAUCAGUACAAUUCCUCAACAUCCGUAUGUACUGUCCUUUUGGCAUAUUAUUGAUCCAAGGAGCAUGGUGACAACUGGUCGUGUCAAUAUAACUAUUGACAUCAACCGGUUUAAAAAACGUUUUCGUUUUAAUACAAGAAUCCUCUAUAUAAAUGACUAAAUCCAGAAAAUUAACAUGGGAAAUACUAUGUUCACUAGAAAGGGUAAUAUUCCUGGAAUUGUCAUUCAAAAAUUGCAAAAAUAAAGUAAGGUGCUGUUCUCCCCCCUUCCAAAUAAAAAAAAUAUCAUCUAUAUAUCUGCUUUAAAGUUUUGGCCAUAUUUGCGGUGCAAUACUGUAUUAUAUUUCAUGAUUAUACCUGCCUUGUCCCUAGUUAUUUAUAUAUUUUAUUUCAAUAUUUUAUUUCAAUAAAUUUGUAUCUACAUCUAUUACUGUGGACCUCGAGUUCUUCCAACAGGAAUCUAUCGAGAGCCUGAAUAGGCACCCAAGAGUGAUGUGCAUAGAGCCUAUGAGGCUCCACCUUUGUGAGUUCAAUCCACAUAUAUUAUAACUUGUUUAUUUUAAUCUAUAUGGAAAGCACUAUGUAUGUUCCAUUUGUUUUUCAGAUGUAACCAACAUACUUACGUCUACAAUAGGUGGUAUACCUAUUUAUGUAUAUAUCUUGUAUAUACUUUUUUUUUGAGUGUGUGUGAAUCUAUCUAUUUAUCUUUCUAUUUUGUCUUUGGGUGUUAAGGGAUUACACCUUUUUUCACACUCACUCAUAUUGUUUGCAUUUAAGGUUGGAAGCGCCUACACAACUAUAUACUUUUUGUAUAUUUUGUCUUGUUAAGAAGUCAAGCUGUUCUUAAACAGUUUGAUUCCUUUCAAUGGGGGGAGAUUCCACAGUAUGCUGUGGUGGUUAUGGAGCUAGUGUUCCUUUAAUGCAUUUUUAAAUAAUAUCUUAACUUUUGAAUCUUCUUAGGGAUUCUGCUCUGUUAAAAACUGGAAGCUGGACAAGAAAAAUUGAGAUAAAAAGAGCUUCCAAAUCAGAGGAAAUUAGUGUAAAUCUCAUUAGUUCUGAAUAUGGUAAGAUUAUCAUAUUUACCAGAUUUUAUUUAGUGAAAGUUGAAUAAUUUAUUUAUUUUUUUUACUAACCACUAGUAAUUUAUAGUGUUGAUCAGAAGGUUUUUCGAUUAUUUUAUGUUUGCAUAGGUACAACAUAGAUGGAAGUCACUCUGCAAUUAAACAAAACACAUGUGUCUGAUUUACAUAACGCCACAGUCAACAGGAUGCAGAACAACAUAAAAAGCCUUAUUGAAAUUCACAGAUCAGGCAUAAGGAAUUGCAUCACAGGGGGAAACAAACCUAACACAUUUCAAGCUUAGCAGACUUUACUCCAUAACAUCAUUGCUAUGACUAAGGACUGCUAAAAACAAAAACACAGUGCCCUUGGCUUCAGUGUGUUUACUGGAGUAUUUCUAAUUACGGCUAUUGUAUUUGGCAUUGUUGGUAGAAAGUCAUUUAUGUUCAACCCAUAGCAGAGAUCUGAAUGUAAUAUUCAAAUAAACAUGUUACCUUUAAAUUUGUUCGCCACUCUUUUUGACACUCUGUAUAAAUUCCAUUUUAUAAAAUAACUAAAAAAAAAUUUUAAAUUAACAAAAUCAAAUUUUUCCCCUAUCAAAGGUCUGAUUUUAGCACAGCUCUGCACUUUUUUGUAUCCCUAUUCAUCUGUCCUAGUCACUGAAUUAACUGUUCUAAUGUAAAAGAUCAUUAUAGAAUAUGUUCUUUAUUGUAAUAUAAACAUAGUAAUGGUCAUAAUAAUACUACAGAUCUAGAAAUAUGUUGAUGGGUUUUUUUUUUUCUUUCAAAAGUUGGCUUCGAUAUUCAGCAGAGUUUCAGUAUUUUUUAUCUUGGUCCAAAAAGAUUUGGCACUGAAAUGAUGGAUCAGCAGAUUUCUGAAACUACAAAGUCUAAUGCAAACGACCAAAUUUAUUCUAAAACUGGUAAGUGAAAAUUUUACAUGUGUGCAGGUAGUGGUUACCGUGUAGUGCGACCAACCUUCUUUACCAUUCAUUCCCCCCCCCCAACUAAAACCUGGGAUGUAUUUGUGGUAUAAAACAGGCCACAGCUUUAUUUAUAAUUAAAUAAAUAUAAAUAACCACUUACUAACUAUCAACAUAUUUAACCACAGUCUUGUCCUUGCCAAACCAUUCCAGCACUAAAGACUAGUACCCCUGGGCGUCUGCCCCCCACCCUCCCUCAUCCUAACAACCAGUUGGCCUCCAACUUGGCCAUACCUUACCACUAUGCCAACCACUUGCCAGCCUUUGGCUCAGUGGGCACUUCUGUUUGUCAAACCAUUUACCAGAGGUUAGGGGAGGGAUCACCCCCAACCUUCCAUCUUUCCCCCUGUACUCUUGCUCCAACCCGGAUGGGCAAGAACCUUACCCACCACUAGCCCCUCUGCUAAAAAGCACCAUUAAGCGCGCCAAGUCUCACUUAAUCAUAUCCCCCAUGCCCCACACUGGCAUUGCUCCCAAAUCAUUAUCCCCAAGGCGUAUGACCAAAACAUCGAGGGCCCCCCCUAGACUAGAAAGCUUGACUACUUCCGGAAGCAGCUGUACCCAUCGCAUGCCCAGAGUCCCAAACCAUCUGAAGUCUGCGGUCUCCUUCGAAAGGCAGAGACGAGUCCCACCAGGUCGAACCUCCACACAGAUAUGGGCCCAAUAGACAUUCUUAGACAUUCCUAUGUCCAACUAACCAUACCCGUCAGCUGAGAAAACACAGGGAAAACGCAAUCAGCCCAGUUGGGCGCAUUAGGACCGAAACUCCCAUCUAUUAAUCCUCUGGAUAGCCUGCUCGGAGAAACCCAAACGAGAAGCUUCAGUCGCCGCCCCGAUCCGGAAGAAGUGACCCCCCAAUUCCUUCACCCGGAAUGCCAAGCAACUCCAGCUCCAUCCGAAGGACUCUAAUAAAUUGAAACCUGGACAAGUUUUCCCAUCCCCGUGGAUCAACAAAGGGUCCAUAGACUGCGGUCGAACAGAACAAUACCUCUGGACCCUGAAAUCGCCUGACUAGUGACCCAAAUCCCAUGACCGAGAACAUCAGUUUUUGAGCGCCGCAAGAGGAAUCGAAUCACCCCAUCCGCACAUGAAACGUCCGUCAACAUGAAUCAACAUAGUAACAUAAGGGAGAUCAAAAUCUCCCGAAUGCCCCUACUCGCUAUGACUCAAGUAGGGGCAUGUUAGCUCACUGUUGUAAAAAAGAAAAAAGCCCCCCCCUAACAAAUGCCCCAAUGGUGGGGUAUCUAUUAACUAGCGGGGGGGACAUAGUGUUCCCCCUUGAGCUCCCACCCAUGCCCCGCUUGUGGGGGGCUAUAAAAGUAAACGGGGGACAUAGGGUCCCCCAUGGCUCCCACCCAUUAGUGGCAGGUGGGGGCCCUAAAUUACAAUAAGGGGGGGACCGAUUGUCCUCCCCCCGGGCCCAACCAAUGAGCGACGGGUGGGAGCUAAUUGUAAAUACCACCCACUCCAAUUUUUUUUAAUAAAGACCUACCUACCCCCCUAACCCUAAAAAUAGUGGGGUCCAUAAAUAACAAGGGACCUAUUGUCCUCCCCCUGGCCCCCACCCCUGAGAGGCAGGUGGGAGUCCUAAAUAACAAUAAGGGGGGACCUAUUGUCCUCCCCCGGCCCCCACCCAUGGGCGACGGGUGGGAGCUAAUUGUAAAUACCCCCCACCCAAAUUCCAAAGAACUUUCCCACGAUGUGUAAAAUGACACAGAGCACUCUGGUUGGUUGGAUUUCAAGCCAACCAAUCAGAGUGCUGUGACAGGUAAAUGUAGAGACUUGCCUGUCAGUCUCUUCAUUUACCUGUCAGAGCACUCUGGUUGGCUUAAAUCAAAGCGCUUUAAGCCUAAUUGCAGGGCGUGGAAAGGCUUUAUAAGCCUUUCCCGGCCCUGCGGAGCUCAGUCUGCAUGGUGCCCUCACUGGGUGAAGACGGAUUACUUUUUUUGUGCUCGGGUGUUUUAUUUUAUUUACAAAGUUCUACGGGUAUUAUGUAUUUUUAUUUGGCCUUUUUUGGGGGUUCGGGAGGUGGGGAUACUAGGGUUUUUUUUUUUUUUUAACAGGAGGCAGCCACAGGCUGCUCACUGUUUACUAGAAAUGCACCUACUCGCGAUAUCACAAGUAGGGGCAAAAUUUACUAAUACUAAGUAAUCUUUACUUAGCAUUAGUACAUUUGGCUGAAAAACCAAUUUAGGUCUUUCAGCCUUUUGGUUGAUAGCUCCAUAAUACCGUGGGAAUUAGGGAGUUAUCUACUAAGCGGCUGCAAAAUGCAGCCAAGGUAUGGAUUGGAAUUUCAUUCAUUAAAAUUAAAUUUCGAUCAGAACAAAGUCCUAAAUUGCGUCCUAACAUGAAUGAACAAACUGUUCUCAUUCUGUUAGGAAGCAAUUCAGUAGUUUCGCCGGCAUUCUCUCUAAGUAACUGUCAGGAUUUCUUUGCUGUUUUAAACAGCAACCCUUCCUUUUUCCGUGUCUGAGUUUUCAGCUGAUAUUAAUGAUCAGCUCCUUCAGUAUGUUGCCACAGUUACUCAUCUGAUAGUAGUAACCAGCCCUGCUGCUAAUCAGGCAGCCUAUUUAAGCAGCAAAUCCCAGUACCUCCUUGCCCUUGCAUGGUUUCCCGUUUCCCAGAAGUCUCCUUGUUCCUGGUUCCUGACUUCGCUGCUCUCCGUUCUCCUGAUCCUGGCUCGUCUGACUACCCGCUUUGGUGCCUGACCCCUGCUUGCCUCCUGGAAUUUGCUUUUGGUUAUUACAUUAUUUUCUAUUUAUUAAUAAAGGUGUUUUUGCAUCUAAUUCUGUCUCUGUCUGGUUCCUGGUCCCUAACUCGCGAUAUCACAAGUAGGGGCAAAAUUUACUAAUACUAAGUAAUCUUUACUUAGCAUUAGUACAUUUGGCUGAAAAACCAAUUUAGGUCUUUCAGCCUUUUGGUUGAUAGCUCCAUAAUACCGUGGGAAUUAGGGAGUUAUCUACUAAGCGGCUGCAAAAUGCAGCCAAGGUAUGGAUUGGAAUUUCAUUCAUUAAAAUUAAAUUUCGAUCAGAACAAAGUCCUAAAUUGCGUCCUAACAUGAAUGAACAAACUGUUCUCAUUCUGUUAGGAAGCAAUUCAGUAGUUUCGCCGGCAUUCUCUCUAAGUAACUGUCAGGAUUUCUUUGCUGUUUUAAACAGCAACCCUUCCUUUUUCCGUGUCUGAGUUUUCAGCUGAUAUUAAUGAUCAGCUCCUUCAGUAUGUUGCCACAGUUACUCAUCUGAUAGUAGUAACCAGCCCUGCUGCUAAUCAGGCAGCCUAUUUAAGCAGCAAAUCCCAGUACCUCCUUGCCCUUGCAUGGUUUCCCGUUUCCCAGAAGUCUCCUUGUUCCUGGUUCCUGACUUCGCUGCUCUCCGUUCUCCUGAUCCUGGCUCGUCUGACUACCCGCUUUGGUGCCUGACCCCUGCUUGCCUCCUGGAAUUUGCUUUUGGUUAUUACAUUAUUUUCUAUUUAUUAAUAAAGGUGUUUUUGCAUCUAAUUCUGUCUCUGUCUGGUUCCUGGUCCCUAACAGUAACGGGAUGUUCAGGAAUACUGACAGGAGGUAAGAAUUGUGGGAAAAUUAGUUUGACCACAGGAAACGGAGCACACUUUGUUCCUCCACUGGUCAAGCGUAGGAAACCUCCAUAAGACAAAGAAUUCCCUACUUUGUCUUAUGUUUUAAAGAAAACUAGAGCAGAUAGGAAGAAAUGAAAAACAGAUCCUGACAGAGGCAAAGAAGAGGAAUCUGUUAAAGAAAGGUAAGUUUGGCAUGACCGUGCCGCUUUAAGGACAAGCAGCGCAACAACAAACGCCUCAAAAGCCGUACCACCAGGGGGGAGGAAGCCGUCAAGCAGUUAACGGCAAAGACCACCCCCAGAUUGUCGCAGGGGAACAUGACCCACCAUUCCCGAAGAAAGGACUCCCACAGAUGAAUCGCCACGGCUAUUGGGAACAGUUCUAGGAACGUUAGGUUCCUAGUCAGACCUGCCAAAUGCCAUGACUCCGGCCAGGACUCUGCACACCAGUGUGUACCUAGGAUGGCACCAAACCCCACUGACCCCGCUGCAUCUGUAAACAUAUGGCGGUCAGAAUUCGGAACCUGUGGCUCCUGCCAGUAGGACCUGCCAUUAUACCUGUUGAGAAAGGCGCUUCACACCGCCAAAUCCUCCCUAAGCGCCCGGGUAAGUUGUUGCAGCUUCUCAACCUCAGACUUAGCCGCCGCCACAUACCGAUUGAAUACCCUGCCCAUGGGCAUGAUCCGACAUGCGGAGUUCAGUUUUUCUAGGAGUGACUGUAGCCGCUGCAAAGUAACUUUCCUGAGCCCCUGCGCAGCCUCGACUUCCCCCCGCAUAUCCCCCCACCUUGUCAGCAGAUAAGCGACACUCCCCCGCAACGGAAUAAAUCUCGAUCCCGAGAAAGCUCAAACACGUUGUGGGGCCCACUGUCUUGUCAGGGGCCAGUGGGACACCGAAGGAACAGACAACAUCCGCAACCAACUGAAGGAGCUGAGCGCAUACCGGAGAAUGGGCGGGACCAACGCACAAAGAAUCGUGACGACUCCUCCCACACCACCCUUUCCAAAAAUGAACUCAAGCAUUCAAAAUAAAAACACGAAAUUGCGCACCCCAUUGGGAGGCAUAUGUCCAUAUACCUGUAGUAUUGCCCCUCGAAAGCACAACCCAUUCCGGGUGAACUGGGAGGAGCCGAAAUGCCGAUUCCACGUCUGUAUUUGCUCGCACCAUCUGUACCGCAGCAUCAAACGAAGCAUAGGACACCUUACACAGCUCCGCUGAAAUAUCAUCAUUUACCGAACCCCCGGAUGUGAUAAAUAAUGAAUCAAUCUAAACUUUCCCUGUUCCUUCUUCGGAACGACCCUCAGGAGUGAGACCCUGAGAUGGGAAAGAGGCAGCUCCCAAAAAGGACCCACCAUGCCUCCCAGCGCCACUUCUUUAGCCAAUUUUUCCCGCACCACCGCGGGGUGAUCCCACACUGACCGAAGGUUCUGACAAGGUGAGGGUGCUACCCUGUCUCGAUGAGGGAUCCAGAACACCUCACCGAAACCCUCGAGCAGCAAUGCUGCCACCUUCCUAUUUCUAUAAAGGUUUAGCCAGGGGCACAUAACGCCGGCGUCCUCGCUCUUAGUGCUCAAAGCCUCCCCCUUAUCUCCAGAUUUACCCCGCUUGAAGCAGCGGGACGCAGGAUGAGAUCCCUCGCACUAGUGUUUAAAUCAACAGCCAGCGUCACUGGAUGUCAUUGUGUUGUCAGCAACAUGCUGCUCUGCGCUGACCCCGCGGUGUGGUAUGCUGUGACCGCCAGUGGGGAAUGCGGCCACCUUAUUGGAGGGCCUAAGCCCAAAGGGCAGCAAGAAUUCCAUCAAUAUCCAUGCUCUGGCCGUCUGGUAAGCACUGGCAACACAGUCUCAGAAACGGUUAACACUGGAAGCUGUUACCAAGCCGAUAUUCUAAGAUGGCUGAAGUAAGAAGGCAAAAUGCCCCCCAUUUCCCUCCUUUACCACUUCCUCCAUACUACACCUACACUUCCCCACACAUGCCUCUUAUCCGAUUAGCUUUCAGCCUGCCUCCUCAGGUUCUGGAUGGUCUUCCUGGUUACUUUGUGCUCCAGUACAAAUUAGAAACCUAUGCAAUGUGAAUGGCGCAACCUAUGAGAAGCUUCGAAUUGGCCGGAAGAUCUUAUGAUCUCAUGGCACACAAAGUUGUGGCAAUGGUGGCAAUGCUGCCUCUUACCACUGGAUUAUAAGUAAGUUAAUGUUUUACUGGGGAGGAAUGGUGGCCCAGAAGACUCCCCAACAUUCCAGCGAUAUAAAUAAAUGAAAAUGGGGGUGGGGACCUAUAUAAAUAAAUGUUCCUAGAAUCAUAAAGGCAGUUUGUGAUAGAAACAUUAAAUGUACAUUAUGUAUGUUUUUAUAGACUUGUAGAAUUCUGGAUUAAAAUCCAGACGAAUUCUUCAAUUUGAACGCUUAUGAAUUAUUUACAAUUAUUUACAAACUGAAACAAACCAAAAAUGAAAGAAUUCAGAACAAAUAGAAAUUAAUUCUUGCAGAUCCAGUCUUUUUUAUAUAGAGACCAAAUUAGAGAUUUAUCUACAAAACAACUGAAAGAACAGAUUUAAAAAAAAUGGUUUUAAUAGUUUGAUAUUUUAGUUAUUUAGCAGAUAGCUCCAUUUUUUGGGUAUCCUAAAAUAUGGUAAUAACAUGUAAGUAUAGGAUACCAAAUUAGUGAGCUAUCUAAUAAACAGAUAAGAGUAAAAAUAAGAAAAGCCCCUUUUCUUAGAUUUGCUCUUUGAGUUGCUUAGAAGAUACAUUUCUAAUUGUGGUACUCUCCUUAAAUAUGGGAAUCCCAUAGGAAAUGUAAUAAUGGCAUUAUCUACUAAACAGCUUAAAAUUAAGAGGAAGCCUUUUUAUUAAUUUUGCAACCGUUGCAUUAUUACCAUAAUUAAGGAUACUAAAUUAGGCAGAUAAAACCAAAACAAAACAAAUAUGUGAGGGCAUAUAGGGGGCAGGGCUGGCAUUACAACCUUUGGGCCCCUUACAACCCUAAUGGCCGGGCCUCACUCACGGGCAUACUAAUGGAUACACACACACACUCACAGAUACACAAAUAUAUUGAUACACACUACCAGACAGACACAAUGAUACUGAAUGCCACACCAGUGGUGCAGAGUGAUGCCGGGAGCCAGAAUAUGGGCGCUGCCCGACCGCCCGACUGCCAGUUAGCCGAAAGGCUAACAAGACAUUUGCCCUCGGCAUUUGGGGGCGCCUUUUUUUGCCGCCCCCUGAAAAAUGCCGCCCAAGUCAAAUGCCUUAUAUAAAACGUCCCUGUGCCACACACACACAUUUAGAUGCACAUACACAAUGCACCACACACACUUCAAUACAAAAUGCCACACCAGACAGAUAAACACCUCCCCAGAUGCAUACACCCAAACAAACUCGGACUGUAAAUCACAUAAACCAUGAAAUAAAUGUUUUAAGCCACCCUCUUUUUUCACUAACUCUUGCAGCAGCUUCUCCACCUGUACUUCAAAGAAGGACAAGUGGGUUAGUCAGCACAUCUCAGUAGAAAGCCCACAUUAAAUAUUUUUUUUGUUUUGUUCUAUAAACAAUAUAUGCAUUUGACAAAAAAUAAAUACACUUGGUUAUAUUGCAAUUCUAAAAAAAAAAAAAAAAAACACAUUAUAAUAAAUACCUGGUAUGGUAGAAUGUGAUAUUGAAAAGCCUAAACUAGUAAUAUAGAGAAUUUGGAUAAAGCCUUCUGCCUAUUCCAUACUUUUUUUAGAAACAAAUAAUAAUUUAAAAAAAACAGUUCCACUGCUCUCUAACCUGUCUCACCGUACAUCAUUAAUUAGUAUUCUCCAAAAAGUGACAUGUUAGCUUCCAUUGGAUAAUGCUGUUAUGUUAUUGUCUUUUCACUUUGAUAUAGAUUGAAAUAUUUGUCAGCAGUGCCAAAGUAAUAAAAUAUAAUAUAACACAUUGUCCUUUAAUGACUCUUUAAUUCAAGUGUAGCUAUAAUUUAUGCUCUUUUUAAAAAAAAAUAUAGGAUAUUCCAGCUCACAGACAGCAAUAAAAAUUGGAAUGAGAGAAUGCAAUCAUCAUUGCCGAAAUAAAGAUGCUUGUGGACACGACUGCUGUAAGUUGUAAUAAAAAUAAAGACAAAGAAUAAUAAUUUGAGCCAAGACUGGGAAAUAUAAUUUACUGUGCAAAUUAUGGUUUGAGAACAAUAAUAUGUAGAUAUUGAUACAGAAACCUUAAUUCAAUCAGGAACUUGGAAUAUACCAUAGUUUUAUGUGCAUAUUGAAAUGUAGAAGUCCCUGUGAGAUUUAUGGCAACCUAGUCUGUAUCUUAUCUCAAAACAAGAUCGUCCCCAGUAUCAUUACAUAAAUUUCCUAUCCUGUGUAUAAUUAAAUCACGAGAAGUCGAAAAUAUUCUGAAUUUAGAACAUAAACUUAUUGUAGCACUGUAUACUGCUUAAUGUUAAUUCAGCCCUUUUUAUUACGAUUUGCAGAAGUGACAUACCUGCAUUAACACAUUUUAAUACAAUUUGCUGUUAAUAAAUUACAGGUAAAACUGGAGUUUCUCAUAAGGCUGACAUUAAGACAAAUUCAAACUUUGCUUCCUACCUAAGUGAUCUAAGGAGUCGAAAUUCAGUUUCAUCGGCUCCACCAGUAAAGAGACUAAAGGUAACAUGAUCAAAAAGAUAGGAUGUGGAAAUUCAAAGCAUACGUCUUUACAUAAAAUUGCUUUUGCAACAUCAGCAUAUGGAUUACAUAAUGAAUCUUACAUUAGCCUGCAUAGUUAAACCAGACUCAUGCAGGGAGAGACCAGCUACAGUACUAUGCAAAAGAGCAAUCUCCCACUGUGGCAUCUACAACAGUACAAUUCAGGUGUCAGAUAUAUUUGAAAGUGUGACAUUUGGAACAUCAUUUUACCAUGCUCUCUGUCGUUCAGCACAAUAAUCAUUUUAUCCUGUUUCAUUUACAGUGUUUGGGAAAUGUAUUUUAUUAUGUGCCCUAUUGUAAGUAGACAUUUAAAAAAAAAAAAAAAAAAAGAAAUUAGCACAAAUCUAAUGCAACGAGUUUAAAGACAAUUGUUUUCAUAAAGUUAGAAAUAGGUCAAAUUAAAUUCCUAAACUUGGCAUUGCGAUGUCUGUGAAUUACAUUUCCAAUGAUGCCCAGUUAGCCUUCAGUAGCUCUGCCCCAUGCAAUGACAUGCCUUGCAGCUGUCAGACUUCCCCUGGAUUUUAGUGCUUAAAAAAUUUCCAUAAAAACUCAGUUCUUGAAACAAGCAUAUCAACUUACCAUGUUUUCUAUCUCCCUAUAGCAGUUUACCCCCAUAUCACUUCACCAGGGUGUUCUCCCGUCUGUUUUAUUCAAAUACGGUAUAUGCCACAUAAAUUGUAUUUUAAAAAAAAAUCUAUAUAGCUAAAGCACCAGUCGUAAAAUCUGUAUCUAAUUUCCUUACAGAAAGCACCGUUUCUUUCAGAAUGUAAGCUAAAAGAACUCCUUUUUAAAAAAAAAAAAAAAAAAAUUGUGUUAUGAUUUCACUGCUCAUUGUACAAACUUAAUAAUGCUGUUCACUGCUAUUCCUUUAAUAUUAUUUAAAUAAAAAUGUUUUAGACUAGUUGUUAAUUUAAAUGUUUUGGUUACUCUUAUGGUUACUCUUAUACAGAUGCAGAUGCAAAACAAAAGUGAAAAUUUUAAUUUUCAGAAGUUUGUAUUCUCACCUAAAGCAUCUAUGACAACAUCAAAAUGGUAAUAUGUUAUUGUUGUAAAUAAUAUUGUAAUGAUGUGUUUUUAAUAGAAUAGACAAACUAAUCAAAAUAUUCUGUCUAAUCAGUCAGAUGUGUGAGUAUUGAGUUUUCUAACUGAUACCCUACCAGAUUGCCUUCCAGAGAUUGUGAUCUAGCUUUUUCUUGGAUUUUUGUCUGCUUCAAUAAUAAUUCAUGACCUGGCUCAGUUUAGUGGAUAGGACUUCUAGUUUCCUGGUCCUGGCCAGUGGCGUACACAUGACCCAUGGGGCCCCGGUGCGAAAAUUGAUCCGUGGGCCCCCCCCCCGCGCAGGCCGGGCCGCAACACAUGGCGGCGGGCACCUGGUCGCAGGAGUUACAGGGCUGCGACCCCUGCGACCGCGGUAUGUACGCCAGUGCAUGCAGAUGCACACACACUUAAAGGACCACUCUAGGCACCCAGACCACUUCAGCUUAAUGAAGUGGUCUGGGUGCCAGGUCGAGCUAGGGUUAACACAUUUUUUCAUAAACAUAGCAGUUUCAGAGAAACUGCUGUGUUUAUGAAUGGGUUAAGCCUUCCCCUAUUUCCUCUAGUGGCUGUCCCAUUGACAGCCGCUAGAGGCGCUUGCGUGCUUCUCACUGUGAUUUUCACAGUGAGAGCACGCCAGCGUCCAUAGGAAACCAUUAUGAAUGCUUUCCUAUGUGACCGGCUGAAUGCGUGCACAGCUCUUGCCGCGCGUGCGCAUACAGCCGACGGGGAGCAGAAGAGGAGGAUCGGAGGAGGAGAGCUCUCCGCCCAGCGGUGGAAAAAGGUAAGUUUUACCCCUUUCCAGAGCCGGGCGGGAGGGGGUCCCUGAGGGUGGUAUGUUUUCCUGGCACUAUAGUGGUCCUUUAAAGGACCACUACAGACACCCAGAUCACAUCAGCUCAAUGAAGUUGUCUGGGUGUUAGGUCCCUCUAGUUUUAACCCUGCAGCUGAAAACAUAGCAGUUUCAGAGAAACUGCUAUGUUUCACUGAGGGUUAAUCCAGCCUCUAGUGGAACACUAGAGGAACACACUGAACGUCCAUAGGAAAGCAUUGAGUAAUGCUUUCCUAUGGGCGGUUUGAAUGCGUGCGCGGUCUCAUUCGGAGCUGAGGCUGAGGGAUCCCCAGCGCCAAGGGAGUCCGGCGCUGGAGAAAGGUAAGUGCUGAAGACACACACACUCUCACUUACAGACGCAUACACACUAGCUAACAGACACACAUUUACUGACAGAGAUACAGUCAGCGACAGACAUACAUACACACUCACUUACAAAACAUACACUCUCAUUGAAAAACACACACUCACUAACAGACAUCAAACAGACUCACUAACACACACACACUCAGUAAGACACACACAGUAACACACUCACUGACACUCACUAGCAGACACACACACUAACACACUAACACUCACUAGCAGACACACACUAACACUCACUCUAACACUCACACUAACACUCACACACACUAACACUCACACACACUAACACUAACACACUAACACUCACACACACUAACAAACACUCACACACACUAACACACACACUAACACUCACUCUAACACUCACACUCACUCUAACACUCACUCUAACACUCACACACACACACACUAACACUCACACAUGAUUUUUUUUUUGUUUUAAUAUAAUCCCCCCAGCCUCCUUACCUCUUGGAGUGCUGGGGGGGAUUAUUCCCUGGGGUCCAGUGGGGCUCCUGGGCGGGCAGGCAGGCGGGCGCGCGAGGGAGCACUCAGCGCUUCCUCUUCAGCUCCCUCGGCCGCCGCGUAGGGAUGCCCGACCGGCCACCCGGGGUCAGCAGGGCCAGCCUCAGGGGGGCCCUGGGGUGGUCGGCUCCUGGGCCCCCCAGGGGAAGAGGCUGGCCCUAUGGCUACAUACCGGGUCGCAGGGGCGGCCGGGCCCUCUGGUGGGCCGGGCCUGGUCGCAGUCGCGACCCCUGCGACCCUGGUAUGUACGCCAGUGGUCCUGGCACAUACAUCCGAAAAUCUGUCAUUAUUUUGCCAACCACCUCUCCGUACAUGGUUAAAGGAAACGUUGAAGCACCAUAACCACUACAGCCCACUGUAGUGUUUAUGGUCAUAGGAAAGCCCAAGAGCUACCCCAAGAUAAGGUGUUAAACAGUUUAGCAUGGUUUGAUAACUAACUUUGGUCCUGCUGUGUAAACGAGCCAGAUGUCACUGCUUAGAGCAAAGCAAAACUUCAGUCAUUUUCUGAGGGCGUCCGUGUCAACUCACUUUGCUUUAUAGAGCAAUCCUGCAUAUUUUUUCAAGGCGUUUUUAUGAAUGGAAUCUACUGAUUGGCUUACAGCAAGCAUGUCAAACCCGCGGCCCACAAGGACCGUCUUUGCGACCCGCGAGUGCAAGCUUGGUGUUAUAGCAGAGUAGGCACCUGCUUUUCCCAUAUUGCAGGUGCCUACUCUGCUAUCAUUUACCCGGUCAGGGAGGAAGGCCGCGAGGGAGCUCAGUGUUCUCCUCCUCACUGCUCCCUCAGUGUUCUCCUCCUCACUGCUGACUGAAGUGAAGCCGGGCGCCGGAAUAUGACAUCAUAUUCCGGCACCCGGCAUCACUAAACUAGGCGAGUGAGCAGUGAGGAGCAGGAAGGACCCCAGGGAGAUGCCCUCCAUCGGCUCCAUACGGUAAGGAGCAGUAAAGAAUGUGCGUGUAAGUGUGUGAGUGUGUGUGUCUGUCAGUGUGUGUGUCUGUCAGUCAGUGAGUGUGUGUGUGUCUGUUUGUGUGUGUCUGUCUGUCAGUCAGUGAGUGUGUCUGUGUGUGUCUGUCAGCAAGUAUGUGUGUGUCUGUCAGUGAGUCUGUGUCAGUGUGUCUGUGUGUGUGUGUCUGUCAGCAAGUGUGUGUGUGUGUCUGUCAGCAAGUAUGUGUGUGUCUGUCAGUGAGUAUGUGUGUCUGUCAGUGAGUAUGUGUGCCUGUCAGCAAGUAUGUGUGUGUCUGUCAGUGAGUAUGUGUGUGUCUGUCAGUGAGUGUGUGUGUGUGUGUGUCUGAUAGUGUGUGUGUGUCUAUCAAUGUGUCUGUCUGUGUGUGUGUCUGUGAGUGUGUGUGUGUGUGUGUGUGUCUGUGUGUCAGUAUGUAUGUGUGUGUCAGUAUGUGUGUGUGUCUGUCUGUGAGUGUGUGUCUGUCAGCAAGUAUGUGUGAGUAUGUGUGUGUGUCUGUCUGUCAGUGUGUGUGUAUCUGUGAGUAUGUGUGUGUGUCUGUCAGUGAGUAUGUGUGUGUGUGUGUGUGUGUGUGUGCGGCCCACAUAAACUUAAACUUUGUUUAUGUGGCCCGUGCCACACUUUGAUUUUGACAUGCUUGGCUUACAGCAUCUUCUGAUUGCUCUAAGCCAAUCAGUGGCACCCCUGCCCGGCAGCAGUCCUAGACUUCUUUCAGAAUAAUUUCUGAAAGCAGAUGUGGAUGAGGAGAAACAGCGCUGCAGAGCAGACUUUGUUGUUAAACCAUUUGUGAAUGGUUUAACCCCCAAUUAAACGGUUAUGAUUCUGAAAUGCAAGUAUUAAAGUAUUAAAUAAUUAAAUAUAAUUAUCAAGAAUCACAAGUGCAGAGUUGCAUUUUUGGUGAAUGCUAUAAGCUAAUUGUUAAAAGAUCUGAUGGAUUUUAUUUAUUUGGUUUUGCUUUUCUGUCCAUGUGGCUAUCAAUUUACAUGUCUCUACCUACCCAUCUUCUUACCUACCAUUAUUAGUAAAUUUAAAUAACUGUUAACAUUGAUUUAUUUUGUGAAGGUCAACAAGCUUGAAAACGCCAGAAAAAUUUGCAAUCCAACUAGAUCAUAGCACCGCAAAUUAUACACAUUCACCACAAGAUGGCGCAGGUAAGUUAACAACUCUAUAAUAUUGUAGCAGGUAUUUUCAUUGUAACUUUUGUUUAUUAAAAUAGUCUAAAUGUUAUUGAGUAAAACCAGCCAAAUUAUAGUACAAUGAACAAUCAUAAAAAACAAAUUUUAAGUAAGAAAAUAUAGCAGACUGAGAUGCUGUAGUUUCAUUUUGUAGAAGAGAGCCAUGGUACUACACAUAUUUAGUUCAUCAACUUGAUAUGAAGUAUGUUACCUGACUGAGCUGCAUUUAUCCAUACAAAAAUGCUAACGUAUGACAUCUUUACAGUCCCCAGAGCAGACUUUAAUAAAGUGAAAGUUGUAAUAAGAAAUGUGAUUGUUGUAGAAGUUGCUAUGUGCAGUGCCUACAUUUGUGUAACUUCCAUGACCUUAUCCGAGCAUUGUUCAGUGGCUAUGUAGAAAUGUAAAGAGUCAUAUGAGAUAUUAUGUGAUGGGACAAAGACCACAGUUUUUUUUUUGUACUCUACAAAUCAGCAUAGUUGAUGGGGUGUGCUGAUGAGAUAAAAAUUAAAAAAAAAAACAAGGUGAAACUAAAAUAAUGACUUUUUGCUGUGUUAAUAGUCACAUAAGUUGUUUUUUUUUUUUAAGUUUUACAGAGUCAUACAAAUAUAGAUUCAGCAGUAAAAAAGCAAAACAAAAUUUUUUUCUGGUACAAUAAAAUGUAUGUAAGAAUUAGUAAAUUGUUAUAGAUCGGAAACAUCUGACUUGAGUGAGUAUGUGGUACUAUGAUAAAGUAAAAGCUGAUAAUACCCAGGAAGAAAUGGUUGGGGGGUGUUGUAGUUGUCAUCCAGAUUCAAUCCAUGACCUAUCAUGAAAAGCAAUGUUAACUGGAAUGAAUGACACUGUGAACUUUGGAGGUAGAACUGGAGACAUAUCCAGUCCCAGGUAAGAGCUCCUAUGAUGUAUCUACUUGAAUUUUCCUGUAUAAUGGUUGCAUUGCAGCCCUGGAACUAGUAGGUAGAUGGAUAGGAGGCUAUAGGGGGAACAAGUGAUCAUCAGUAAUUUCAUUGUUGUAGAUCAGGGGUAGGCAACCUUUUAGCAGCACUGUGCCGAUAUAGGAUUGUGAUGUCCCGUAGCGUGCCAGCCCUAUUUUUUCAAAUUGAGGUGUGUAUGCUGCCGUAUUCUGCUUGUGUUAUUUAUACUGUAAUUGCUUUGUAUCAUUGUAUUUGUGCGUAUAUGAGCUAUUAUAUUGUAUAUGCUCAGGAGUAGUUUGUGGUAUCGUGUAUGAUACAUAUGAAUGUGGGCUGUGUAUGGGGGCUGCUCGUAGAAUUGUGUGUGUAUGGAUGGAUAUGUCACAUUGUGUGUUGGUAGUGUGUGUAUGUGUGGGGGCUGUUUGGGGUAUUGCAUGUGAGAGGCUGCAUGUGGGGUUGUGUGCAUAUAUGUGGAUUGUUAGCAGGUUACGUUUGUGCGGAUUGUAGGUAUGUUUGUUUGUGGGCUGUUCGUAUUAUUUGUAUGAGGGGAGGGUUAUUCUGCAUUUCUGUGUAAAUCUAGCAGUGUGGGUGGCUUCCCUGGGUUCCAGUGGGGACAAGGCUGGCCAGGUACAGGUCAAAGACAGGAGCUGCAAGCCUGCUCUACUAUAGUGUGGAUUGCCAUUCACAAGUUCCGGGAGGAAGUGAUCUGAGAUCACUUACUCUAUGUGCUGCAAUGCAUAAAUUGAGGAUUGUCCUUCACCACCUUUUCAUAUUAGCAGAUAUCCGAAGUUUCACUGGGACUUCUGAAAGGCCAGAGCCUGUUUGGCUGUAGCAGCCUUGAGUGUCGUGCAAAGACACCUUGAGUGCCGUGCAUGGCACUAGUGCCGUAGGUUGCCUACCCCUGUUGUAGAUACUUCUGUUUGAAAUGGUCCGUGCAGGCCAAAGCUAUCCAUUGCGUGCAUAUUUCGGUAUAGUUUUUAUCUCCUCUGAGGUUGUUUCUUUCAAAACUCCCAUAAUAAAAUCUUAUAUAAUAAUUAAAAAAAAAAAACACUCACAACUGAUUUUCUAAUCAAAGUGGAAAUGUACAGGACCAUAUUAUGCACAACAAGCUUCAGGCAUAAGCCCACACAAGGAACUGACUGAACCAAUUGGAUGGAUAAACUAGUAUAACACAGCCAAGGGGUCAGGGAUAUCAAAUUACAUUAUAAAACAAAGCCAAGUCAGUCAGCAAUAUGUUAAGACAAAUAUGAAUGCACUCACAAGAUAGCACAAAACCACGAUAGGGCAAUAAAGAGAGGUCACAAGAGUGUGGCCUCUGAUUGGUUUCUGGUACUUUAAGCACCCAAAAUGAAACCAACCGGCGUUAUGUGGGAAAUAGUUCUGGCAUGGCACCCACACAUAAUGGGGUUCGCAACUUGGAUUAAGAGAGGAGGAGGCAGAGCGUUCCGCAUCAUUGGGGACGUUGGAACAGUGUGUCUGACAAAGGGUUUGCCGGAUUGGAGGAGACCGCACAGGACCGUCAUUGUUGCAAAAAAAAAAAAAUCAUAUUGGAUUUCUCCAGGAUAACGUUGCAAAGCUCUAUCUACAAAUCAAAAUGCAGUAAUCAUAAAACGUAUUUACAGCUUGUGCUUUAAGCUUGUGUUUUUCACAGGGACAAUCAGCCAUUUCUUAGCUAUUAGUGUUAACAAGUUUAAAUUAUAUCACUUGUAGACAAUUUUUAAAAUAGAGAAUACCAACUUAUUACUGUAUAUUCUAUUUUGCAGCUUGGAAAUACUCAGAAAGUGCAAGUUAUGAAAAACAUGAAACUUUACCAUCAGCAAUAAAAACUGCAAGGAGUAAUCUCACUGAUGCAGACAAAAGCAAUUCAUGGCCUGCAAAGUCUUUGAAUGUAACUUUUGAUUUAGGAAAUGAUGUAUGGGCUGAUUUUGAUGAUGACAAAUUAAUAGAUGCUAGCAAUAUUGGAAGUCCAGUGGAGAAAGGUAUUUUUUUGUUUGUUUGAUAUUUCCUUAACAAAUUUUUAAUCUAGGAGAGAAUUCCUGGUUUUAUAGGAAGCAAUGAUUGUCAGAGAGUGCAAGGCAAACCAGGCCCCAGCGUUUUUUUUUCCUUUAAAGGAACAUCUCAAACUUGCUGUUGUGGUUAUACUACUCGGGACCUGGAUUGUAAGGAGCCAAAAUGUUUUAGAAUAGAUUGGCUUCUUAUCUGGAACUUACUGGGCACCACUACUGUUCAGUGAGAACAGGGAGAUCUCUUUGCUGAGUAAAGCCUAGCAAUGGAGGGCUUAGCUCAUUGGCUGAGAGCAAUCAUCUGAUGCUCACAGGCAAUGAGCUAACCCUUAGUUUAGGAGAAAUAACAAAAGCUCCUGAGCAGCGUCUUGCAUAAUCAUUCCAGCGCUCUGACAUAAAGAGCAUUCAACAGGUGUUGGAUUGUGAAUGAGGCAAGUUCCAGGGAGUGUAGAAGUGUAUGCUCCUAAGUACUGGUCUCAUGAGAACCAUAUUACAUGUUUAUGGAUUAGUCUACUGCCUCCGUAGCUGGACGGGUUAAUGCAGCAGUACACUUCUGCAUCAGCCAAAUAAACUGAACAGCAGAAGAGGAGCCAGGAUGUAGCUAUCUGGGAGCCUCAUUCAUUUUCAAUCUGCUCAAACUAUGGAGCAAACUAUCUAUGACAAGUCCCCUUUUCUGGCACUGCAGGAGAGAGGGUGAGGCAAGGUAUAUCGAGAUGUACUAAUUACACCUGUGGGACUUUAAUUAGCACUUCACCUCUAUUCCCUUGCCAUCUCACCACCACAGAACCAUCAAGAUUGAACUGUCCAGAUAUUUGGAGAUUUGUAGAUACAGGAUAAUAUAUGUUAUUCAAUCCACAUAUCAUUAUGCAAUAGGUUAACAUAUAUAUUUAUUUAUAUAGCUUUGUAUGUCUAGGGGAAUAUUCGCUAAGCAUUGCAUAUGUAAAACAAUUAAUUUCCCAUCUUUACCAAAACACCUUUAGCUUAAUGAAGUAGUUUUGGUAUAUAGAUCAUGCCCCUGCAGUCUCUGCUCAACUCUCUGCUAUUUAGGAGUUGGAUCACUUUGUUUAUACAGCCCUAGGCACACCUCCCUUCAUGUGACUUACACAGCCUUCCUAAAAACUUAAUGUAAAGAGUCAUCUAAUGUAUAGACUUCCUUUAUUGCAAUUUCUGUUUAAUUAAUAAUUUCUGCACUCCUGCCCUUUUAAUAGCUUGCUAGAACCUGCAGUAGCCUGCUGUAUGUAAUUAAAGUUCAAUUUACAGAACAAUUGGUCCAUAGGAAAAAUUUCAAAUAUGCUGCUUAACAAUCAUUGCAAUUUACCCCUUAAAGGACCACUCUAGGCACCCAGACCACUUCAGCUUUAUGAAGUGGUCUGGGUGCCAGGUACCUCUAGGAUUAACCCUUUUUUUUAUAAACAUAGCAGUUUCAGAGAAACUGCUAUGUUUAUACUGAGGGUUAAUCCAGCCUCCAGAGCCUCUAGUGGCUGUCUCAUUGACAGCCGCUAGAGGCGCUUGCGUGCUUCUCACUGUGAAAAUCAUUGUAAAUGCUUUCCUAUGCGACCGGCUGAAUGCGCGCGCGGCUCCUGCCGCGCAUGCACAUUCAGCCGGUGACAUUGCGAGCAAGGAGGAGAGGAGGAGUACAGCUCCCCGCCCGGCGCUGGAGAAAGGUAAGUGUUUAACCCCUUCCUCUCUCCACAGCCCGGCGGGAGGGGGUCCCUGAGGGUGGGGGCACCCUCAGGGCACUAUAGUGCCAGGAAAACGAGUAUGUUUUCCUGGCACUAUAAUGGUCCUUUAAGGACACAAUUUCUGUAAUAAAAGGAAAUCAUGACGGAAUAUUUCCGUUGUGUGUCCUUAAGGGGUUAAUUUAUACCUGAGCAAUCGUCUAGACAUUACCCUUAAAACAUAUUGGCUAAAUCUUGUAAUAUGUUACAUCUACUGCAUUUAUCAUUGGAAAAUCUUCCGACUCUAUAUAAAUACAUAAUGUGGCAAUCAAGCCUUAUUCUCACAUUCGUUCAUUAUUCCAGCUAUAUCAGGAUUAUUCACGAUUGAAAAUACAAACUUUUAGUUGCGAAAUGCAUUCUUGAACAGUUUCAUAACAGUUUCUUGAACAGUUACACAUUUUUUUUUAAAUGUGAGGGACAAAUGUUAGGGGCUACAUUUUGAUCUCCAGUAUCUCAUAUUUGCUGUAAUAGUAAAGCUAUAUUGCAUUCCUCUGGAUGGCAAAAAUAAGAAAAUGGAGAAAAAAAAAUGUAAAUAAAAAAAGAAGACGUUUAUUUUAAUUUUAUGAUAAUCUAGAGCUAGUUUAGAAUGACAAGACACACUGUUAAGCUACGAACUUCUUAAAUAAUACAUUAAAACAUGAAAAGGGUCAUCACGUCUAACAACGAAUGAAACUGUGAAAUCUUUUCUUUGAAAUGCAAGUUGAAAUGCUUAAACUUUGACAACUCACAAUCUAUUGCUUGCCUAUAAAACAUGUCAUUAGUGAUGUCCCGAACUGUUCGCCGAACGGUUCGCCGCGGACUCAUCAUUGAGUAAACUUUGACCCUGUACCUCACAGUCAGCAGACACAUUCCAGCCAAUCAGCAGCAGACCCUCCCUUCCAGACCCUCCCACCUCCUGGACAGCAUCCAUUUUGAAGCUGCAUUCUUAGUGAGCUGUCCAGGAGGUGGGAGGGUCUGGGAGGGAGGGUCUGCUGCUGAUUGGCUGGAAUGUGUCUGCUGACUGUGAGGUACAGGGUCAAAGUUUACACAAUGAUGAGUCCGUGGCGAACCGUUUGCGAACCGUUCGGCGAACAGUUCGGGACAUCACUACCUGUCAUUUAUUUUAAAGCAUAUUCAUUAUAUGAAGGGCAUUGUUACAAUUAAUGAAAUACUUAUUUUGAGAUGCACUUUAAAGGAAGUGAUAGAAAACUAUAUAAUUAUGAAAAGCCAGUGAAACGCAAUCAAAACACAUAAAAUAUUUUUAAAAGCACCCAUCAUUAUAUGCCUAUAUAUUUUCCUAACUGUAUUAUAUUUUGUAUUUAUCAAAGUUUUUUUCUUGCUUAAAAUUAUUGCCCAGUUUUGUGCAUUUUUAAAUGUAACUUUAUUAACUGGGUUUGUGAUGCACUUCUUUCAAAGUACAUCUCAAAAUAAGUAUUUCAUUAAUUGUAACAAUGCCUUUCAUACAAUGAAUAUGAUUUAAAGUAAAUGACAGCUUUUAUAGACAAGCAGUAGAAUUUGAGUUGUCCAGGUUUAAGCAUUUCAGAGAAAAGUACUGGCAUAGCUGGGAAGUUAACUGUUUUUGCCCCAGAGGCAUCACACUUGACAGCUGAUUGUUUGGCCUCCAAGGAAGUGCUAAUUAAUGGCUAGACUAGCGUUAACAAGGUGUCUAAAAGUUUGAGAAGCUUUUUAUUGUACCUCUGCCCAUUUAAGUCUCCACCUCCCCUUAUCUUCUUUCAUAGAAAGCCCACAGAGAGGGCCCGGCGGGCCACCUGUGGCACGCGUGCCAUAGGUUCGCCAUCACUGGUCUAGAUUGUUCCUUAUGAAGUGUCUUUUUUAAAUAGCGAUGUUCUUUACUCCCUGUUCAAGAUAGAGUAUUAAUGUACCAGGCUAUAUCACCUUCAGUUCUAAUUCAAAGUCUUAUUAAUAUCUGUUUUAAAAUAAAGUAGGGUAUGUGGAAAUUAUAUUUCCAUAAAUGCACAUAAAAAGAAAAUGUGACAUUUGAAUUUGAUGUAUGUCAGUUUGUGAAACUACUAAAUUUGUGCUAAUUUUAAAAUCAAGCACUGUCAAGAAUGUGUGUUUAUUAACAGUUAGACAUUGAACAAAGAUUUGAAUUGUUCACAUAAUAUUAUUUUAUCACGUUGGGACGUGACUAAACUGAGUUUUCACAUAAUAAUAUUAACAGGGCCGGCCUUAGGGGUGUGCGAGCUGUGCGACCGCACAGGGCGCCAUGGAACAGGGGGCGCCCUGUGGCCGACACAGCUCACUCAUGGCCGGAGUGCAGGGGAGCUAAAAGAGGUACCUGGCUGGAGGAUUAAUUAUUCUCCACCCGGGUCUAAAAAAAAAAAAAAAUCGCGGCAGAGGGGGCGGGGUUUACCGAGCGGCGGAGGCGGGGCUUAUCGAGAGGCGGAGACGGGGCUAAUACCUCCCGAAGCCCCUGCUGUACAGGAAGAGGGAAAGAUGCUUCCCCAUCAGCCAACUGCAUCCACUGGAAAGAGGUAAGUGUGUGUGUGUGAGUGACUGUUUGCCUGUUUGUGUGACUGUCUGUGUGUGUGUGUGACUGUCUGUGUGACUGUCUGUGUGUGUGUGUGUGUAUGACUGCCUGUGUGUGACUGUCUGUGUGUGUGACUGUCUGUGUGUGUGACUGCCUGUCUGUGUGUGUGUGUGUGUGUAUGACUGUCUCUGUGUGUGACUGCCUGCCUGUGUGUGACUGUCUGUGUGUGUGACUGUCUGUCUGUGUGACUGCCCAUGUAUGUGACUGCCUGUGUGUGUGACUGUCUGUCUGUGUGACUGUCUGUCUGUGUGACUGCCCGUGUGUGUGACUGCCCGUGUAUGUGACUGCCUGUGUGUGUGACUGUCUGUCUGUGUGACUGUCUGUCUGUGUGACUGCCCGUGUGUGUGACUGUCUGUCUGUGUGACUGUCUGUCUGUGUGACUGCCCGUGUGUGUGACUGUCUGUCUGUGUGACUGUCUGUCUGUGUGACUGUCUGUCUGUGUGACUGCCCAUGUAUGUGACUGCCUGUGUGUGUGACUGUCUGUCUGUGUGACUGUCUGUCUGUGUGACUGCCCGUGUGUGUGACUGCCUGUGUGUGUGAGACUGUCUGUGUGUGUGACUGUCUGUCUGUGUGUGUGACUGCCUGUAUGUGACUGCCUGCCUGCCUGUGUGUGUCUGUCUGUAACUGUCUGUGUGUGACUGCCUGCCUGUGUGUGUGACUUUCUAUCUGUGUGACUGCCUGCCUGUGUGUGUAUAACUGUCUAUGUGUGUGUUACUGUGUGUCUGUGUGUGUGACUGCCUAUGUGACUGUCUGUGUGUGUCGCUGUAGCUGUGCCAUUGUUUGUGCCUGUGCCUGUAUGUGUGACUGCCUUUAACAGAGUGUGUGUGUACAUGCCUGUAACCGAGUUUAAAUUUCCCCCACCCCUUCCUGUCAAGGCCGCACUUUGACUGACAGACGCUCACUCACCGACAGACGCACACUCACUGACAGACACACACUCUCAUAUACACUGACAAACAAUGACAUACACACAUACACUAUUACUUGGACACACACUGACAGAUGCACACUCUCACUGACAGACGCAAACACUCACUGAAAGAUGCACGACUCCACUGACCGACACACACUCACUGACCGACACACACUCACUGACCUACACACUCACUGACCUACACACUCACUGACGACACAUACACACUCACUGACUGACACAUACACACUCACUGACUGACACAUACACACUCACUGACUGACACAUACACUCACUGACUGACACAUACACUCACUGACCGACACAUACACUCACUGACCAACACACACAUUCACUCACAGACACACACACAUUCACUUACAGACACACACACAUUCACUUACAGACACACACAAUUACACACUUACAGACACACACACACACACACACAUUCACUUCAAAAUAAACACUCACAGACACACACACAGACAUUUCCACUAACACUCACAAACUAAUAUUUUUUACAUUUAUUUUAAAUCCACCCAGCCUCCUGGGAAAGCUGGAGUGGAUUUCUUACCAGCAGUCCAGUGUGGCUGCUGGGCAGGCAGGCAGGGGGCGCACAGGCUGAGUAAGCAGCGCUUAGUGAUGCUGGGAGCCGGACUGACGUCAUAUUCUGGCUCCCGGCUUCAUUAAGCGGCGCAGAGGAAGCUGAGCAGGAAGAGCUCAGGUGAGUAUGCUCCUUCGCUGCCCGCUGCCAGCCUUUGGGGGGCUCAAAAGUGGCCAGCCGGUCAGCUCUUGAGCCCCCCAGGAUGCGAGGCAAGCAAGGGAUCUGCCUGGGGGUUUGGAGGGAUGCUUUUUUUUGCCGCCCCCUGCAAAGUGGCGCCAAGGCAGAUGCCUUGUUUGCCUCGUGAUACACACGUCCCCGGUGCCUGUGUGUGUUACUGUAUUCAGGCAACUUGGUGGGAGGUGGGGGGGGCGCCGUGAAGACUUUUUGCACAGGGCGCCUAAUUGCCUAA